AUGACGUGCCAGGACCUGAACUCUGGCACGAACGGCUGGUGUUGGCUCAUGCGAGAAAUGAGGACCAUGCUGUGGCCACGCCAGACUCCGAUGUCUGCAGAGAACAGCUCUCCUUGCAUCUCGGGGAAUGCGGGCAAGGGGUCUUGGGAGGAGGCCUCCCUGUGGGCAUCCGUGCAGUCAACCCGAGACGGAGAAGGAGGUCAACCUUACGAUCAGCUCCCUGAAUUCAAUGUUUGGUUGUGGUCGUGGGAAAACGCUGCAAUCCUUGGAGUCAAAGUUGAUGGGCGCAUCCGUUGCACAGAAGGAGGCACUCCAUCAUGUGAAGAGUUCGGUUUGCGAUGGUUCCUCCUCCUGAGGACUUGUCCGGCCCAGAGGCGCUUCGGCAAGCUUCGGGCUCUUGGGGGCGACGUCGAAGACCAAUCGGCGGGAGCCCUCGCGUCAUAUGAUCCCGAAGGGGUUUCAAUACCAGGCGACGGGUGGAAGCCCGUGGACCUGGGAGAUCUUUGGGGCACCGACGGGGGUGAGAAUGUUGGCGACUACGUACAGCGACAGUUGCUGCCAGCAGAUGAGGCACGUUCCAGACUGAAGUCAUGUGGCUUAGUUCGUCCUUACUCAGACCCGAAGCUCCGUGAUCCCAAGACCUACGGCGAGUUUGUGCGCAGGCUGCUUCGAGCCAACAUCGUGGAGAUUGGGCUCGAGCCGGGAUCCGAGGAGAUAGGGAUUUUCUUCGUUAGCAAGAAGAACGGUCGCUUGAGAUUGAUCAUUGAUGCACGCAAGAGUAAUUGUCACUUUGCCGACCCAGCACAUGUGCAGUUGGUGACAGGGGAUGGCCUCGGCAACAUUGAAGUUGAGGAGGGUGUCGACCUCAUAAUUUGCAGUGCUGACUUAAAAGAUGCCUUCUACCAUUUGGCGCUUCCUGAGGCUCUUCGACCUCUUUUUACCCUACCAGGCGUUGAUGGACGCCAUCUCCGAGGGCUCACAGUCGGGGGCCAACUUGCCAAACCGGGAGUUAGAUACUAUCCGAGAUUGGCCGUAGUGCCCAUGGGCUGGAGCUGGGCCUUGUACAUUUGCCAAAAAGUGCACGAACGUCUUGCUCAACAGGCCGGACUGGUCGACUCCGACAGGCUGGUUGACAGGCGCCCGGCUCCUUCGGCUCAGGCCAUGCACGCUCAGUAUGUCGACAACCUUGUAGUUAUCGGCCAUGACCAAGAAAAAGUGCUCGGCAUGUACCAGCGUGCUGUCAAGGUGCUCAAGGACAGCGGCCUCGAGGUCCACGAAGAGGAGGUCAACGAGCAAGGCGCCACAGUCUUGGGCUGGGAGUUCACUAGGGAUGGGGUGUUUAGACCGUCACGUCGACGAGCAUGGAAGACACGCUUGGCUAUCAGAGCUCUACUUGCCAGGGGGAGAUCUUCAGCUCGCCAACUUGAAAAAGUCAUUGGUCACUGCACCUUCAUCUCGCUUGCCAGGCGCGAAUCUUUGUCGGUGUUCGGAGAGGUGUAUCGGUUGAUUCGACGCAACUACUCGCAUGACAAAGAGGUUCCCAUGCCGCGUCUUGUUCGAGCCGAGCUACAAAAAUGGGAUGGUCUAUUGCCGCUCAUCUACAGGAGGCUUGGGGCCAAGUGGUCGUCGACAGUGCACGCGGUUGACGCGAGUGAAUGGGGACUCGGAGUCACCACAUCUCACUUCGAACCUGAAGAGGCAAAAUCUCUAGGGAAAUAUAGCGAGAGGUGGAGGUUCAAGGAGUCCUUGUCCAGUCACGCGCGGGCCCAGGUGUUCUUCGAUCGAGAGACUCAAUCUGCUGAAGGUGAAGGCUUGAUGGUUGUGCAGGACAGUGAUGUGAACGCCUCGACGAGUUUCGUGCCACCCGUGCCUUUCUCAGCAGUGUCCAGGAAGUGGGUGACGGUUGGACGGCAUCGGUGGCGACGUCCCAUCACGCUGCCGGUUGGGGAGGUGGGUGGGUCCCAAGUUCUCCAAAACAAGUCCCGGCGCGGCGCCAUGGUGAUAUACCGCGACCUCGGGAGGGCCGACUCGCAGCCGAUGAGCAAGCGACCAAGGACGGGGAGCAGACCAAAGGCAGCGGCGGCAGAGGUUCUGAGCGUGGCGGCCGAGGAGAUGAGAGGUGCAUGUCAAGAAGCAAGCCGGAAGGAAGUGAAGCGGAGGCGAAAAUGCGCACGGGCCCGCCUCAGCAGAGCCGACCCCAACAAGACGAUCCUGGAGCAGGCCGCAGUGUCAGCGCCAUGCCGUGCAAGGUACAAAAUGUUGUGGGAAACGAUCCGACCCAAGAUCGAGAAAUCCAACGGUCUCCUGAAGGACAAGGCCGAAGUAGAGAACGUGGUGUGCAAUCACUUGGAGGAGAUGUAUAUGGACGGAGACGAUCUGGCCACGGGACGUUACCUGGUGGCUGCCAUAAUGUACUUCUGUGUGGCGCUCAAGGUUUGCGGGCUGCAGGGACUUCCAAGGAUCAGACAGAGUCUGAAUGGAUGGCAGAAGCUAGCGCCGGCAAAAAGCCGGCUACCGAUACCGUUCGAAGUGGUGGCCCUCAUCAGCACUUGGGCCAUCAAAAGUGGACACAUCCAGAUAGCCCUCCUCAUUCUCCUAUCGUUCAUGCUGUACUUGAGGCCGUCCGAAGGCCUGAAGUUGCGGUGCCAGGAUGUGGUGAGGCCAACGCGCAAGAAGGGGGCCUUCUCCAUGUGGACGUUCAUCCUCCAUCCGUACGAGGAAGGGGUGCCUUCAAAGACACAGGAGUUCGACGAGUCGCUCCAGCUGGACCUCGCCUACCACAAGGAGAUGGGGGCAGCGCUGUGGAGGGCGCUCAACCUGCAGGCUCGGGCUCCAGGAGACAAGGUCUUCUCCGUUACGACUUCAGAAGUGAACGAGCUGCUGGCGUCUGCGAGGGAUGCGCUCAACCUUGGUCCCCUCGGAGUUUUGCAUAUGUAUCGACUACGGCACGGAGGAGCGUCCCACGACUAUGCCAACGGUUUGCGAGACUUGGCAAGUGUACAGGCGCGAGGACGCUGGCAGGCUGCUCGGAGUGUGAGACGCUACCAGAAAGGAGCCAGGCUGGCGCAAUUGUUCGCAAGCCUCAAAGACGCCGUGCAGCACGAGUGUCUGAUGGCCACCGACGGGCUGGACGCGCUCCUCCGCUCCCUGCGCUGA